AAAUCUUGUCUUGUAACGCUCACAAAUUUUAAUUUACAUGAUUCAAUUUGAUCCCUAUAAAUUCCUUUAGCACACUCAACUUCUUGUUUCACACAUCGAAAUCGAAGUCAAUGGCAUCAACAACAUCAUCCAUUGAGAAAAGUGAAGAAUGGAGAGCCAUUCUUUCACUUGACCAGUUUCACAUCCUCCGCCAGAAAGGAACUGAAUUGAAGGGUACUGGAGAGUACAACAAGUUUUAUGAAGAAGGGGUUUACAAUUGUGCUGGAUGUGGAACUCCACUUUAUAAGUCUUCUACCAAAUUUGAUUCUGGUUGUGGUUGGCCUGCUUUCUUUGAGGGUUUCCCCGGAGCUAUCAAUCGCUCUCCUGAUCCAGAUGGUAGGAGGACUGUGAUAACUUGUGAAGCAUGUGGUGGGCGCUUGGGUCAUGUAUUCAAAGGAGAAGGGUUCAAGGUUCCAACUGAUGAACGCCAUUGUGUCAACAGUGUUUCUGUCAAAUUUAUUCCUGGAAAUGCUACUUCUUUCAUAUGAAACAUUACUUUACAAUGAAUUAGAGGUGUUAAGUGAUAUAAACUCUAGCUUGUAGUCUUGUUUGGUGGUUCCAAAACAGCUAUGGUUAUAAGGUUGAACCACUGAGCACAGUUUAGACUGAAAUUAAUAAAAUUAUUUUCUUACCUA